CGAGUGUGGGCGGCACCAGGAAGACGCAGCUGAUAUGUCAGCAAGUCAACAGAAUAAGCUCGUCUGAGAAGAAAACCUCAAUGAACAGUUAUUAUUAUAUUUUAUUAGCGCACAAUUCUUUAAAUAAAUACUGCGUCCGGUUCCUUUAACCCUGCACCUCGAGACUGGUUACCAUGGAGGAGACGAACAGGGAGGCUGUUGCCACGGCUGUGCAGAGGGUCGCAGGGAUGCUGCAGCGGUCCGACCAGCUGGACAAAGUGGAGCAGUACAGACGCAGAGAGGCUCGCAAGAAAGCUUCCGUAGAGGCGAGAUUAAAGGCAGCAAUUCAGUCCCAGUUGGAUGGAGUACGAACAGGCCUCACGCAGCUCCACAAUGCGUUGUGUGAUGUGAAGGACAUCCAGAAUUCGCUCGCAGAUGUCAGUAAAGACUGGAGGCAGAGCAUAAACACUAUCGAGAGUCUGAAGGACGUGAAGGAUGCAGUAGUUCAGCACAGUCAGCUGGCAUCCGCUGUGGAGAAUCUUAAAAACAUUUUCUCAGUCCCAGAAAUUGCACAAGAGACUCAAGCUUUGAUCGAACAGGGCGAGCUGCUUCAAGCUCACCGCAAGUUAAUGGACCUGGAGUGUUCCCGCGACGACCUCAUGUACGAGCAGUACCGAAUGGACAGCAAGAACGUCCACGACAUGAACCUAAUUCGCGGCUACUUCGGGGAUGUUCAGGGCCUUUCGGAUGAACUUUCCAAACAACUGUGGAUGGUCCUCCAGCGCGCCAUGGUCACCGUACGCAGUGACCCAACCUUGCUGGUGUCUGUGAUUCGAAUCAUUGAGCGUGAAGAGAAGAUCGACCGCAAAAUGCUGGACCGCAAAAAGCAGACCGGGUUCAUCCCGCCCGGUAGACCUAAAUGCUGGAAAAAACGUAUGGACGAAGUCUUAGAAGGCACCGUGAGUGCCCGCAUCGAGGGCACGCAAAGUGAGACGCGAGAAUCGGACAAAAUGUGGCUGGUGAGGUUACUGGAGAUCACCAGGAAGUACGUGUUAGAUGACCUGACCGUGGUGAAGAUCAUGAUGGUGCAGUGCUUCCCUCCACACUACAACACGUUUCAAGUGUACUUCGAUCUGUAUCAUAAAUCGGUGUCUGCGCGGGUUCAGGAGCUGGCGGCAGAAGAUCUGGAGGCCAAUGAAAUUGUAUCGCUUCUCACGUGGGUUCUCAACACAUAUAAAAGUGCGGAGAUGUUGGGAAACCCUGAUCUUCAGCCCGAGUGUGACGUGAGGCAGUUGGAGCCGCUGUUACCUGAACAAGUUGUGAAUGAUUUACUGGGCAAAUACCUCAAGACAUUUACUUCUAACAUCACAGGCUGGCUGCGGAAAGCUCUGGAAACGGAUAAGAAGGACUGGCAGAAGGACACGGAGCCUGAGGCAGACCAGGACGGCUACUAUCAGACCACAUUACCGGCCAUCGUCUUCCAGAUGUUUGAGCAGAACCUUCAAGUAGCAGCUCAGAUCAACGAGAUGUUUAAAGAGGAGGUGCUUAAAGUCUGUUUACAGCAGAUGAAGUUAUUCCUUGGAAGGUACCGAGAGGAGGCCAUCGGUUAUAAAGAGGAACAUCUGAAGGAUCGCCAAAUGCCGCAGUGCUACGUUCAGUACAUGAUCGCCAUCAUCAACAACUGUCAGACGUUUAAAGAGUCUAUUAAUAGCCUGAAAAGGAAGUAUUCUCAAUCGACUGAACUCACGCAAAAUGAUGCUGCCAUUGACAAACUCCUGAAUGAGGUGGCUAAAGAGGGCUGUCAGUUCCUGCUGGAUGAGGUCUUCCUGGAUCUCGAGCAUCACCUGACCGAGCUCCUGACUCGGAAGUGGUUGACCGGCUCUCAUGCUGUGGACACCAUCUGUGUGACCGUAGAAGACUACUUCAAUGACUUUGCCAAAAUCAAGAAGCCUUAUAAUCAGGAAAUGACUUGCAAAGCUCAUCGGCGGGUGGUGGUGGAGUAUCUGAAAGCCAUAAUGCAGAAGCGUAUCGCAUUUAAAAACGCCGAAGAGAGGAAGGAAGGUGCCGACCGGAUGAUAAAGGAAGCGCACCAGUUCAAAUCUCUUUUCAGAAAGCUUUCCGCUGGAGGGGAAACAGACCGACUUUGUGAUUCCAUCACUACGAUUGCAGAGGUCUUCAAACUGACGGACCCAGCGCUGCUUUACCUGGAGGUGUCAACCCUGGUGUCAAAAUAUCCUGAUAUCAGAGAGGAGCACAUUAUGGCCUUAUUGGCCGUCCGUGGUGAUGCCAGUCGGGAGAUGAGGCAGAUGAUCAUAGAAACUCUGAAUCAAAAUAAACCGUCCGCUUCCUCUAGUUUUCAGCCAGUUUUCAGAGACAUCACCGUGCCAACCAUGACCAUGACAGCCAUGACCUCCAUGACUGUACCUAAACUCCUAAAAUAAUCUGACCUCUCACAUGCAGAACAUUUAUCAUGCCAUUAACAGACCACAGAGGGGAGCAUUGCUUCCCAUGAUGCACUUUGAAAGAAAGAAAUGACUUGUGGAAACAUCUUUUCCGUUUGAUGUGUGUAGAACAUGUAGACAGCCACAUUGAUUUAUGAUGACUUGAUGUACGGAAAAAUGUUUAAGCAUCUAGCAGAGAUUUUCUAAGUUAUAACAGGGAUUUCGAGCUUUCCUUUCUGUUUGUUCUAAAAUGGCUGUCGGAUUAAUUAAAGGGUUAGACAAUUAUGUUUCGCUUCUUCACCUUUUGAGUCGUUCCAAACUUAUUCAACUUGAUCAAUGACCAAACGGCAUCAUAAAAUCAGUCCAUACUUACAGAGGUGGGUUUCUCACUGCGAUGUCAGGAAUAAUGGAAAAAUUCACUCUGGACAUUGUGACAAUGACUGGAACGAUGUGGUUUCUUUAAGAAUCAUCUUAUUCAAAAAUAAGUUGCAUUCUUAAAUACAAUAAUGCAUAAUUUUCUGUUCUCUUUCAGUUUGUAGUUUGUUUGUGAUUUUGCUCACUAAAGCUGUCGAUGUGAAAUACAGUUUCAUUUCAAUACAUUUCUGAUGUUCAAUGCGGCUGAUGCAUUAGCAGUGACAGACAAAACAAAUACAUUUCAAGAUACUGUAAACAAAUAGGCUUGCUACUAUAACUGUAAUUAAAAAAACAUAUUGUGAA